GGUGCUUGCGGUCUUUCCAACUUGGGGAAUACGUGCUACGCCAACUCUGCCAUACAAUGUAUGAGCUACCUCCCAUUGCUUCGGGCAUAUCUUCUCAGCUCGCAGUACAAGACGGCCGGUGAUUUGAAUAGGGACAACCCUUUGGGGACCGGCGGAAAGCUUUUGGAAGAAUUCGCCGAAUUGCUUCGAAGUAUGUGGAGCGCAAAACUUGGAGAAAAGUCUCCCGUCCGCUUUCGGUCACAACUUGGCAAGGUCAAUGACCAGUUUUCCGGGGCAGACCAGCAAGAUGCGCAAGAGUUUUUGAACUACAUGUUGGACGUACUUCACGAGGAUAGCAACAAACCUGGAGAAGGUUUGUACAUGCAAUCAUUUUGUGUGUGGUUUAGAGGGAUGCUAACUCUUCGUUGCUUGUCUUGCAGGUUUCUCCGGCGGAAUCGCUCAAUCAUGGCUGAUGUUGCCAUGGGACAGGUUUUGAAUACGGUUACAUGCCCCCAAUGCAAUUUUUCAAGCCGUAACUUUGAUCCUUUCAACCUGCUUUCCAUUCCGAUUCCCACUGCGCAAGUAGCCGGUGACGGUAUGGAUCUUGGAGUUUGUCUGACCGAGUUUUGCAAGACGCAGAAUCUUUCCUUGUCGGACAAUUGGAAAUGCCCUCGGUGCAAAAAGUUCCGCCAGGGCCAGCAGAAUAUGAAUCUGUGGCGCCUGCCGGAUUUGCUCACCUUUCAUCUCAAGCGCUUCAACAUGUCGGCGCGGUGGCGGGAAAAGCUGACGACGAAGAUAAACUUUCCGUUGACGGGUUUGGAUUUGCGCCACUGGUGUCACAAGGAAUCUCCCGCCGUCCAGGUGGAUCCGAUGGAGAGUUCGGUGUACGAUUUGAUCGGUGUGGUGAAUCAUUACGGCAGCAUGACUGGUGGGCAUUACGCCGUGUCGGAGUCGGCCGAACCGCUGUGGUUGCAGUUUGACGACGAACUGGUGGAACCGCUGGCACCGGAACACGUAGUUUCGGAAAUGGCGUACGUAUUAUUUUAUCGUAGA